UUGUAAACUGAUAAACGACUAACCAAUUCCCACUUCUUAUAAGCAUAAAAUCCAUUGCCACCCUCAUCCAAGGACCUUGAAUCGAUCGGAAAAUGACAAAAAGCCCAAUGGAGUCGGUUGUUGCGGAGCUCGAAGGGUCGCUUCUGAAGGACCCAGACGCCUACUCCUACUUCUUGUUGGUGGCAUUCGAGGCCUCUGGUUUGUUCAGGUUUGCGCUGUUGUUGAUGUUAUGGCCCGUGAUUCGCUUGCUGGAAAUGAUGGCGAUGGAGGACGCCGGGCUGAAGCUCAUGAUCUUUGUUGCAGUCGCCGGUGUUCGUGAAUCCGAGAUCCAAUCUGUGGCGAGGGCUGUUUUGCCAAAGUUUUAUAUGGAUGAUAUUGAUAUGGAGGCAUGGAAGGUCUUUAGCUUCUAUGACAAAAGAGUUGUGGUGACUAAGACGCCGAGGAUUAUGGUGGAGAGGUUUGUCAAGGAGCAUUUGCGAGCUGACGAGGUUGUCGGAAGCGAACUUGUCGUGAACCGUUUUGGGUUCGCAACGGGGUUCGUUAAUGAUGAUAUUCGUCCUCUCUCCGAUCGGGUGGCAAAGCUGUUUGUCGAUGAACCGCCAAGUUUAGGCUUAGGAAGGCCUACAGGCGCCGCUUCUGGUCCUUCGUUCUUAUCCCUGUGCAAGGAACAAAUGCAGCCACCAUUCAUGACCAACCAAAAGUAUGAUAACCACCAAGUCCUCCGCCCGCUUCCAGUGAUCUUCCACGAUGGCCGCCUAGUGAAGCGCCCAACACCAUCUACGGCCCUCUUAAUCCUCCUAUGGAUGCCCUUAGGGAUCUUACUUGCGAUAAUCCGAAUUGUUACAGGCAUGGUGCUACCAAUGAGGGCUAUUCCCUACUUGUCACGACUGCUUGGCGGCAAGGUUAUCGUCAAAGGCAAACCACCCCCGCUUGCCUUUGGCGCCAACACGGGAGUACUAUUUGUGUGCACUCACCGGACCUUAAUGGACCCCGUCGUCCUCUCCACCGUACUGGGACGAAAAAUCCCAGCUGUGACAUACUCCAUCUCUCGAUUCUCAGAGAUCUUAUCACCAAUUCCUACCGUUCGGCUGACAAGAAUCCGUGAAGUGGACGCGGAAAAAAUAAAGAGUGAAUUAAGCAAUGGAGAUCUGGUGGUUUGUCCUGAAGGAACAACAUGCCGGGAACCCUUCCUCUUGAGGUUUAGUGGGCUGUUUGCUGAACUGACGGAUCGGAUUGUUCCGGUGGCCAUGAAUUAUCGGGUUGGGUUCUUCCAUGCAACAACGGCUAGGGGUUGGAAAGCACUAGACCCGAUUUUCUACAUGAUGAACCCUAGGCCAGUGUACGAGGUAACUUUCUUGAACCAGUUGCCGGUCGAAGCGACAUGUACGGCCGGGAAAAGUCCACAUGAUGUUGCAAAUUACGUGCAAAGGAUCUUGGCUGCUACGCUAGGGUUUGAGUGCACAAACUUUACAAGGAAGGACAAGUACAGGGUGCUGGCUGGAAAUGAUGGGAAUGUGUCUUAUAUUUCGUUCCUUGAUCAAGUUAAGAAGGUGGUGAGAAACUUCAAGCCAUUUAUUCACUAGCUAAUUAAGACAAUAUCAUCAGAUCAAUAAGAUUGAUUUCGAUCUCGAUCUAUUUGCUGAUCUUUUUUCCUUUAAUUAAGCCAAGGUAUUUGCGUUGAUUUUGCAUGUAAAUGGAUGCAUGGGGUAAUUUGUAUUCUUUUGUUUUUGUU